AUGGUGCCUGCCUGCCUCCUCCUGCUCCCCCUCCUCGCCAUGGAGGGGGCCGGGGGCAGCAGGAGGCCCUUCCGCGCCUUCACGGUGACCGACACCACGCUCACCCACCUGGCCAUGCACCGGGUGACUGGAGAGGUGUUUGUGGGCGCAGUGAACCGCGUCUUCAAGUUGGCCCCCAACCUGACAGAGCUGCGAGUGCACGUCACAGGCCCCGUCGAGGACAACGCCCGCUGCUACCCGCCACCCAGCAUGCGGGUGUGCGCCCACCGCCUGGCCCCCGUGGACAAUGUCAACAAACUCCUGCUCAUCGACUACGCCGCGCGGCGCCUCGUGGCCUGUGGCAGCAUCUGGCAGGGCAUCUGCCAGUUCCUGCGGCUGGAUGACCUGUCCAAGCUGGGCGAGCCGCACCGCCGCAAGGAGCACUACCUGUCGGGGGCUCAGGAGCCGGACUCCAUGGCUGGCGUCAUCGUGGAGCAGGGCCAGGGGCCCAGCAAGCUGUUCGUGGGCACCGCAGUCGACGGCAAGUCCGAGUACUUCCCCACCCUGAGUUCCCGCAAGCUCCUGGGCGAUGAAGACAGUGCUGACAUGUUCAGUCUGGUGUACCAGGACGAGUUUGUCUCCUCCCAGAUCAAGAUCCCCUCCGACACACUGUCCUUGUACCCCGCCUUUGACAUCUACUACGUCUACGGCUUUGUGAGCGCCUCCUUCGUGUACUUCCUGACCUUGCAGCUGGACACCCAGCAGACCCUCCUAGACGCCGCUGGCGAGAAGUUCUUCACCUCCAAGAUUGUGCGCAUGUGCGCGGGGGACUCAGAAUUCUACUCCUAUGUCGAGUUCCCCAUUGGCUGCUCCUGGCGCGGUGUGGAGUACCGCCUGGUGCAGAGCGCCCACCUGGCCAAGCCGGGCCUGCUGCUGGCGCAGGCGCUGGGUGUCCCCGCUGACGAGGACGUCCUCUUCACCGUCUUCUCCCAGGGCCAGAAGAACCGGGCCAGCCCGCCCCGGCAGACCGUGCUCUGCCUGUUCACCCUCAGCGACAUCAACGCUCACAUCCGCCGGCGCAUCCAAUCCUGCUACCGGGGGGAGGGCACGCUGGCCCUGCCGUGGCUUCUGAACAAGGAGCUGCCCUGCAUCAACACCCCCAUGCAGAUCAACGGGAACUUCUGUGGGCUGGUCUUGAACCAGCCGCUGGGCGGCCUGCAUGUGAUCGAGGGGCUGCCUCUGCUGGCCGACGGCACUGAGGGCAUGGCCAGCGUGGCUGCCUACACCUACCACCAGCACUCAGUGGUUUUCAUCGGCACGCGCAGUGGCAAUCUAAAGAAGGUGCGGGUUGAUGGCUCCCAAGACGCCCACCUCUAUGAGACGGUCCCUGUGGUCGAUGGCAGCCCCAUCCUUCGAGACCUGCUCUUCAGCCCUGACCGACAGUACAUCUACCUCCUGAGUGAGAAGCAGGUCAGCCAGCUCCCAGUGGAGACCUGUGAGCAGUACCUGAACUGUGAGGCUUGCCUGGGCUCCGGAGACCCACACUGUGGUUGGUGUGUGCUGCAGCACAGAUGCUGCCGCCAAAGGGCCUGCCCAGGGGCCUCUACCCCGCACGGCUUUGCUGAGGAGUUGAGCAAAUGUGUCCAGGUGCGUGUUCGGCCCAACAAUGUGUCGGUGACAUCGUUGGGGGUGCAGCUGACUGUAGCCAUGCGCAACGUGCCGGACCUCAGCGCGGGCGUCAGCUGUGCCUUUGACGAGGUGACCGAGAGCGAGGCCCUCCUGCUGCCCUCUGACGAGCUGCGCUGCCCCUCGCCCUCCCUCCAGGAGCUCCGGGCGCUCACCAGGGGGCACGGGGCCACCCGCACCGUGCGGCUGCAGCUGCUCUCCAAGGAGACCGGCGUGCGGUUUGCUGGGGCUGACCUUGUCUUCUACAACUGCAGCGUUCUCCAGUCGUGCAUGUCCUGCGUCGGCAGCCCUUACCCCUGCCACUGGUGUAAGUACCGCCACGUGUGCACCAGCCACCCCCGAGAGUGCUCCUUCCUGGAGGGCAGGGUCCGCAGCCCUGAGGGCUGCCCGGAGAUCCUGCCCAGUGGGGACCUGCUGAUCCCGGUCGGCGUCAUGCAGCCUCUCACCCUGCGGGCUAAGAACCUGCCGCAGCCGCAGUCGGGCCAGAAGAACUACGAGUGUGUGGUCCGCGUGCAGGGCCGGCAGCAGCGCGUGCCCGCCGUGCGCUUCAACAGCACCAGCCUGCAGUGUCAGAACGCAUCGUACUCUUAUGAAGGCGAUGAGUAUGGUGACACUGAGCUGGACUUCUCAGUGGUCUGGGAUGGAGACCUGCCCAUCGACAAGCCCUCCAGCUUCCGAGCCCUCCUCUACAAGUGCUGGGCGCAGCGCUCUAGCUGCGGCCUCUGCCUCAAGGCCGACCCCCGCUUCAACUGUGGCUGGUGCGUCUCUGAGCACAAGUGCCAGCUGCGCACGCACUGUCCGGCCCCCAAGACCAACUGGAUGCACCCGAGCCAGCGGAGUCCCCGCUGCAGCCACCCACGCAUCACACAGGUCCAUCCGACCAUGGGUCCCAAGGAGGGAGGUACUCGGGUCACCAUAGUGGGCGAGAACCUGGGCCUCUCGUCGCGGGAGCUGGGCCUGCGGGUGGCUGGCGUGCGCUGCAACGCUGUCCCUGCGGAGUAUGUCAGCGCUGAGAGGAUCGUGUGUGAGAUGGAGGAGUCGCUGGUCCCCAGCCCCUCGCCCGGGCCCGUGGAGCUGUGCGUGGGUGACUGCUCGGCUGACUUCCGCACGCAGUCUGAGCAGCUCUACACCUUUGUGACGCCCGCCUUCCACCGAGUGAGCCCAGGCCGGGGCCCAGCAGCGGGAGGCACCCGGCUCACCAUCACGGGCAGCUCUCUGGAUGCCGGCAGCAAGGUCACAGUGACCGUGCGAGACGGCGAGUGCCAGUUCGUAAGGAGAGAUGCCGGAUCGAUCGUCUGCAUCUCGCCGGCCUCCACCCUGGGCCCCAGCCAGGCCCUCAUCACCCUUGCCAUCGACCGAGCCAACAUCUCCAGUCCCGGAGUGGUCUACACCUACACCCAGGACCCCACUGUCACGCGCCUGGAGCCCACCUGGAGCAUCAUCAACGGCAGUACUGCCAUCACUGUGAGUGGGACCCACCUACUGGCGGUCCAGGAGCCCCGAGUCCGGGCCAAAUACCGCGGCAUCGAGACCACCAACACAUGCCAGGUGAUCAAUGACACGGCCAUGCUGUGUAAGGCCCCCGGAAUCUUCCUGGGGCAGCCUCAACCGCGGGCCCAAGGCGAACACCCUGAUGAGUUUGGCUUCCUGCUGGACCACGUGCAGACAGCCCGCUCCCUCAACCGCUCCACGUUCACCUACUACCCUGACCCCAGCUUUGAGCCGCUCGGGCCCUCCGGUGUCCUGGAUGUCAAACCUGGCUCCCACGUGGUGCUGAAGGGCAAGAACCUGAUUCCCGCAGCAGCAGCCGCCGCAGGCAGCUCCCGCCUCAACUACACGGUGCUGAUCGGGGGCCAGCCCUGCGCGGUGACCGUCUCCGACACGCAGCUCUUGUGUGACUCGCCCAGCCAGACAGGCCGGCAGCCUGUCAUGCCCUUCCUGGACUACCGCACCUACGCCGUGCGCGUGCUCUUCCCGGGCAUCGAGGCACACCCGGUGCUCAAGGAGCUGGAUACAUCCCCCAACGUCGAGAAGGCCCUGCGCCUCUUCGGGCAGCUGCUGCACAGCCGUGCCUUCGUGCUGACCUUCAUCCACACCCUGGAGGCCCAGAGCACCUUCUCCAUGCGCGACCGCGGCACCGUGGCCUCGCUCACCAUGGUGGCCCUGCAGAGCCGGCUCGACUAUGCCACCGGGCUGCUCAAGCAACUGCUGGCGGACCUCAUCGAGAAAAACCUCGAGAGCAAGAACCACCCCAAGCUGCUCCUGCGCAGGACCGAGUCGGUGGCGGAGAAGAUGCUCACCAACUGGUUCACGUUCUUGCUCCAUAAGUUCCUGAAGGAGUGUGCAGGGGAGCCCCUGUUCCUGCUGUACUGUGCCAUCAAGCAGCAGAUGGAGAAGGGGCCCAUUGACGCCAUCACGGGCGAGGCUCGCUACUCGCUGAGCGAGGACAAGCUUAUCCGGCAGCAGAUUGACUACAAGACGCUGACCCUGUACUGUGUGUGCCCGGAGAGCGAGGGCACUGCCCAGGUUCCCGUGAAGGUUCUCAACUGUGACAGCAUCACCCAGGCCAAGGAGAAGCUGCUGGACACUAUGUACAAGGGCGUCCCCUACUCCCAGCGCCCCAAGGCCGAGGAUAUGGACCUGGAAUGGCGCCAGGGCCGCAUGGCCCGCAUCACCCUCCAGGACGAGGACGUCACCACCAAGAUUGAAUGUGACUGGAAGAGGGUCAACUCGCUGGCCCACUACCAGGUGACAGAUGGUUCCUUGGUAGCACUGGUGCCUAAACAAGUGUCCGCGUAUAACAUGGCCAACUCCUUCACGUUCACUCGCUCCCUCAGCCGUUACGAGAGCCUGCUGCGUACGGCCAGCAGCCCCGAGAGCCUGCGUUCCCGGGCACCUAUGAUCACACCUGACCAGGAGACGGGCACCAAGCUGUGGCACCUGGUGAAGAACCAUGACCACCUGGACCAGCGCGAGGGUGAUCGUGGUAGCAAGAUGGUCUCGGAGAUCUAUCUGACGCGGCUGCUGGCCACCAAGGGCACUCUGCAGAAGUUCGUGGACGACCUCUUCGAGACCGUGUUCAGCACGGCCCACCGCGGCUCAGCUUUGCCGCUGGCCAUCAAGUACAUGUUCGACUUCCUGGAUGAGCAGGCCGACCAGCGGCAGAUCAGCGACCCCGACGUGCGGCACACCUGGAAGAGCAACAGCCUGCCCCUGCGCUUCUGGGUGAACGUGAUCAAAAACCCGCAGUUCGUGUUUGAUAUCCACAAGAGCAGUAUCACGGACGCCUGCCUCUCGGUGGUGGCCCAGACCUUCAUGGACUCCUGCUCCACGUCCGAGCACCGGCUGGGCAAAGACUCACCCUCCAACAAGCUGCUCUAUGCCAAGGAUAUUCCCAGCUACAAGAGCUGGGUGGAGAGGUACUACCGGGACAUUGCCAAGAUGGCAUCUAUCAGCGAGCAGGACAUGUGCGCCUACCUGGCGGAGCAGUCCCGCCUACACGCCGACGACUUCAACGUGCUGAGCGCACUCAGUGAGCUCUCCUUCUACGUCACCAAGUACCGCCAGGAGAUUCUGAGCGCCCUGGACCAAGACGCCGCUUGUCGCAAGCACAAGUUGCGCCAGAAGCUGGAACAAAUCAUUGGCCUUUUGUCCGGCAACAGCUGA